GUGCUCCUUCGCAGUUCUCUGGCUCGGCUGGAGGCCCGCGUGCGGGCCCUCGAGGGCCAGGGCGUACGCUCGGAUCGCCGUGCUGCAGAGCUGGCGGGACUUGCGCAGGCACUUACCGAAGAGCAGCGCACGCUGUUGAUCCGGCUGGAUCGGCUCGAGGAGCAGAUGAAGCCCUGGCAGCAAAAGGAGGCUCAGGUUCAAGCCGCACAGGCCUUGCUGCACAAGAGUUGCUAAGAGCACGGCCAGAGCCACUGUCCAGAAACAAAACACGGCAGCGGCCACGACCCCCGCCAGAAGCUACAGACGUCAGCUACAAUCAGGCACUGCUGCUGCUGCUGCUGCUGCUGCUGCUGCUGCUGCUGGCAACACCACCAAUAUCACCAACGACAUCACCAACAUCAGCAACACAGCCAACACCACCAAGAGCUACGGACACCACCAUCACUGCUAUCUUCGCCGCGGCAGCCACCGCCAAGACGGUGCUACCACCAAGACGGCGCUACUGCUAUCAACACCACCACCGCAAUGACCACCACCGCCACCGCCACCGCCACCGCCACUGCCACCUUUGCCACAGCGCCUACCAACACGACGAGAUCAUCUACACGAAUGGCACAUCUUCCACAACAAGCACCGACAGCGACAAAAGCAACCACUGCCACAGUGACGACCAUGACCACGGCAACAUGGACCUAAAGGUGUUCGAGAGGGUGAGGAUGUGA